CCUUAGAGCAUGGUAACUUAAAGCGGCGACAGGAGUGCUUUACUUGACCAUAGAUUCUUCUACAGCCUUGCGAUAUUUUCCACAUGCAUCAACAACAUCCUCGUUUUUUCCUUGUGUGAGCGGUUUGCUUUUAUACCUUCUUUUGAUCGCAUGGCAGCUCUUGUUCGAUCUUUCUUAACACGACUUCAGAACUUGUCAAUCCUUCAAACCCCUACCAUUUCGAGGACAAUAAAAAUGAAUUCCGCCGACUUACCAGAACUUUUUCAGCCUCCUGUCAGUAGGUCGAUGAAGACUCUGGAUAAAUCUUUUUUCCGCAAAGUUAUACCAUUAGCUGCUGCCAGUGUGUCCGAUAUGAAGCAAAUCACCAAUGUGCGAAAAGAGCUUGAGAAGUCCAGUGAUAUGCUCAAAAUCAACCCUAUCAAGCCACUGCGAGAAGACGAGACCAUGCCUGGUGCAAAGUGUUUCCUGCUAACUCCGGGGGUUGCUGCAAAUGAGCCAAAGACAUGGUCACCGACUAUCUCAAGAUUAGUGGAACUCAAAAUAGCCAAAUUGAGACCAUACGAUUUGACUUUGACUUAUGAUGAUUGGACAAUGCAUAACAUACUGGAAGCCAUUCUACCUGAAAUCCCAGAUGAUGAGAAAGAGACACCAGCGGGUUUCGCACAGGUGGGCCAUGUUGCUCAUGUCAACUUGCGCACCCCGUACCUACCGUACAAGUAUUUGAUCGGUCAGGUUCUACUCGACAAGAACCCCAACGUUACCACAGUGAUCAACAAGACUUUUGAUGUUGGCACCGAGUCCGUUUUCCGAACUUUUCCUUAUGAAGUGCUUGCCGGACCAGAUGACCUUGACGUGGUAGUCCACGAGUCAGGUUGUGAGUUCAGAUUCAACUUUGGCAAAGUCUAUUGGAACUCUCGCCUUGGAACCGAGCAUGCACGCCUGUUCGAGUCAUUCAGAGAGGGCGAGGCGGUAUGCGAUGUUAUGGCCGGAGUCGGUCCAUUCGCUAUACCUGCCGGCAAACGCAAGGUCUUUGUCUGGGCCAACGACCUCAACCCCGACUCAUAUGACGCUCUACAAGACGCCAUUGUACGCAAUAAAGUAAGCGAUUUCGUGAUAGCUUCGUGCGAUGAUGGCCGGAACUUUGUCCGCACAGCAACAACAAAACUAUCACAAAAUCCACGAAAGGUCGUGCUCAAAUCCAGGGUCAAAAUCUCACGGAAAGCGAGCGAAGAUGAGAAGAGGGCUUUCCAAGAAGCGGCCAAGAACGAAGAAAGGACAUUGGACGAGCCGACGGCAUUCUCUCAUUAUGUUAUGAACCUGCCGGCAAGCGCUAUUGAAUUUCUGGACGCUUUCAAGGGCGUCUACUAUGGACGAGAGGCAGACUUCGAGCCACAUACUCGACAAAAGCUACCUUUCGUCCAUCUCUAUCUGUUCCAAGCCAAGCUCGAUAAUGAGCAAGCCGAGUACGAGGACACCUGCAAGCGAAUAUCAGAACAUAUUGGUGCUGAAAUCAGGCUGGAUGAUCCGCAGCUUGAUAUGCAGAUUCGAUAUGUCCGGCUUGUUGCUCCGAAGAAGAAGAUGUUCUGCGCCAGCUUCCGGCUGCCAGCAAGUGUUGCAUUCGCGCAGCCCUGAAAUGAUGACCCUUGCCAUCCGAUCUAUGGAUUGGCAUUGUGUCGACACUCUGCCGCCGUGAGCACGGCACAUCACGACGCAGCACGAUAUACCCCGCCACCCGUUGUAUCUCGGGUCAUCGUUUCGAUAUAUCUCCUCUCGCUCCCGCCGCCUCUCUUCACGUUCUUCGCGCCGUCGCUCUCUGUAAGCUUCGGGGCUCGACAUGAUGAUGCCUCGAUCCCGAUGCGGCUCGUGACGGUCGGUAUUAUAUGAUUGACCGUUCCUGUCGAUCUAUACCGGCAUCGUGAGGA